CUUCCCGCGUGGUUGGAAGCCUGGGCAGGGCGCUUGCGCCUCCCUCUCUCUCCUCCGCCCCCCUUCGCCCUACUUCUCCUCCCUUUUUCCUCCUCCUGUGGCUGCUGCUGCAGCCAGACCUCGCCAGUUCAGACCUACCAGGCUGCCCUCCCCUACGCACUCCUUCGCUGCCCGGGCAGGAAAGUUGCGCGGCGCCCCCGCAGAGAAUCACGAUGUUGCAAACACUUUUCCUAUCUAUGCUGACUCUGGCGCUGGUCAAGUCACAGUACACCGAGGAAACCAUCACAUACACGCAAUGCACCGAUGGAUAUGAAUGGGACCCCAUAAGACAGCAGUGUAAAGAUAUUGAUGAAUGUGACAUUGUCCCAGAUGCUUGCAAAGGUGGAAUGAAAUGUGUCAACCACUAUGGAGGAUAUCUCUGCCUUCCUAAAACAGCCCAAAUUAUUGUCAAUAAUGAGCAUCCUCAGCAAGAAACACCAGCUGCAGAAGCUUCGUCAGGUGCCACCACUGGGACUGUAGCUGCUAGGAGCAUGGCAACCAGUGGUGUGGUGCCUGGGGGUGGCUUCAUAGCCAGUGCUACUGCAGUUGCUGGCCCUGAAGUUCAAACUGGCCGAAAUAACUUUGUCAUCCGAAGAAACCCAGCUGACCCUCAGCGCAUCCCUUCCAACCCUUCUCACCGGAUCCAGUGUGCAGCAGGCUAUGAACAGAGUGAGCAUAAUGUGUGCCAAGAUAUUGAUGAGUGCACCUCAGGGACCCACAAUUGUAGAGCAGACCAAGUGUGCAUCAAUUUACGAGGUUCCUUCACAUGUCAGUGUCUUCCUGGGUAUCAGAAGCGAGGUGAACAGUGUGUGGAUAUAGAUGAAUGCACAGUGCCUCCAUAUUGCCACCAAAGAUGUGUUAACACACCUGGUUCCUUCUACUGCCAGUGCAGUCCAGGGUUUCAGCUGGCAGCAAACAACUACACUUGUGUGGAUAUAAAUGAAUGUGAUGCCAGCAAUCAGUGUGCUCAGCAAUGCUACAAUAUUCUUGGCUCAUUCAUCUGCCAGUGUAAUCAAGGAUAUGAACUAAGCAGUGACAGACUCAACUGUGAAGACAUCGACGAAUGCAGAACCUCAAGCUACCUAUGCCAAUAUCAAUGUGUCAAUGAACCUGGGAAGUUCUCGUGUAUGUGCCCGCAGGGUUACCAAGUGGUGCGCAGCAGAACCUGUCAGGAUAUAAAUGAAUGUGAGACCACCAAUGAAUGCCGAGAAGAUGAGAUGUGCUGGAAUUACCAUGGGGGCUUCCGCUGUUACCCACGAAACCCAUGUCAAGAUCCCUAUGUUCUAACAUCAGAAAACCGAUGUGUUUGCCCAGUCUCAAACACUAUGUGCCGGGAGCUGCCCCAGUCUAUUGUCUACAAAUACAUGAGCAUCCGAUCUGACAGGUCCGUGCCUUCAGACAUCUUCCAGAUACAGGCAACAACGAUUUAUGCAAACACCAUUAAUACUUUUCGGAUUAAAUCUGGAAAUGAAAAUGGAGAGUUCUACCUACGACAAACAAGCCCUGUGAGUGCAAUGCUGGUGCUUGUGAAGUCUCUAUCGGGACCAAGAGAAUACAUCGUGGACCUGGAGAUGAUGACAGUCAAUAGUAUAGGAACCUUCCGCACAAGCUCUGUGUUAAGAUUGACAAUAAUAGUGGGGCCAUUUUCAUUUUAGCCUUUUACUCAUAUAAAGCCUACCACAAGCAUUUAAAUCAGCCAAACAAUAUCAUUACCUUAAAACUCUAUUUUAUUUAUAGCUAUAUCUAGUACAUGUAUAUUCAAACAGCUAGACUAUGGUAAGAAGUGGGCAUUUAAUCCAUGAGUCUGUGUUUAUCGUUAUCACUGUGUGUAAAUUAGACAUUUAUCCAACAUUAAGAGAGCUAAUCGUAUAUUAUCUAGUGAAACUUGGAUUCUUUCCUGCAAAAUGGGACCAAGCAAGGAUACUGUUCUGUGUUGUAUAGAGUAAUAUACACCUCCACAGACCAUCCCGUGAGAAUUGGCCAUCUUAGCAUGAAGAUCAAGAAGGAGGGUUUUUUUAACUGCUUUGUAAGAAAAUGGAAAAAAGUCAAUAAAGAUAUAUUUCUUUAGAAAAUGAGAA